AUGGACGUGUUCAUGAAGGGCCUGUCCAUGGCCAAGGAGGGCGUCGUGGCCGCCGCGGAGAAAACCAAGCAGGGGGUCACCGAGGCCGCGGAGAAGACCAAGGAGGGUGUCCUCUACGUUGGAAGCAAGACCCGAGAGGGGGUUGUACAAGGAGUGGCCUCAGUGGCUGAGAAAACCAAGGAGCAGGCAUCUCAUCUGGGAGGAGCCGUGUUCUCUGGGGCUGGGAAUAUCGCAGCAGCCACAGGCCUGGUGAAGAAGGAGGAAUUUCCCACCGAUCUGAAGCCAGAGGAAGUGGCCCAGGAAGCUGCAGAGGAGCCGCUGAUUGAGCCUCUGAUGGAGCCAGAAGGGGAGAGUUAUGAGGAACCGCCCCAGGAGGAGUAUCGGGAGUAUGAGCCAGAGGCGUAA